CUCCCUCCUUCUGUUUGAGCUCGACAUUGGUGACAAGUCCAUCUAUCACCACCAUCAGUUCCGCUCUUUCUAUAUGUCGUACCAUAUCCCCACAGCACCCUCGCCCAUGGACAGCAACGGGUCGGCGGAUGGUGCAAGCGAGAGAUGCCCGGACAACCUCUGCGCUCACGUCUUACCAGCGUACCUCUCUGACAACUACGGGAAGGACGUAAACAGCCUACUCCACGGCUUCUGCAGCAAAUGCUCUUUCCAAGCCGAAGUGGAACCUCUCUGCGGCUUUUGUAAGCAUUUACGACUUCGUCAUCUUGCCAUAUGCCUUGGUGACAAGUCCUACGACCUCAGAUUCGAUCUUGAGCUUGGCUGCGACUCUAGUGGCAACGGAAUCUCACGAAUUGUCUCCAACAAUGGUUGUGCGUUGUGCUGCCUUUUGGCCAGCGUCAUCCACUCAUGCGUUAUCAUGUUCAGCAAGCUUGAAGGAGAUGAAGAGGUCAUACGAAAAAAGACAAGGCUAUCCUUGGAAGUAGAAUCGGGAUACGGCAGAUGCCAUAUGUCUUUACACAUCACCAUGCCUGACACAAGGUAUACAAUUGAUAUUGCCUUGCGCGCGGCUUCGCAAGAUUCAAGACCAACAACUCACCGAGGUCAAAUCAGUUGGCCUGCUGUCCAACAGUGGAUCCAGAAGUGCAGCGACGAGCAUGCCUGCGCCAGGUCGGAGCACUCAACGAUGCCGCAAGGCUUUCGACUCAUUGAUGUGAACGAUCGAAAAGUCAAGUCUGACUUCUUAUCCAGCUCGAGGCUUGGCCGCGAUAUCAAAUUCGUUGCCCUCAGCUACGUUUGGGGAACGACAGCGGCUUCAAGGGAGGACGCAUUGCUGGAGUCCAACAAGAACGAACUUGAAGCGAGCAAUGGUCUGGGGAAGAUUAGUCUGGGUCAGCGCUUCCUUUGGGUCGACCGGUUCUGCAUCCAGCAGGACGGCAUGGAGAGCGAAAAGAAGGAGCAAAUCAACGCCAUGGGCGACAUCUAUUCAGCGGCCGAGUUCACCAUCAUCCACGCAAGCGGGACCAGCAUGCACGACCCGAUUGCAGGUGUCUCGACUGCGCGUGAGACUUUUCAGCUCAAAAAGGGGGUGUGUGGGCUCGAGUACAUGAUACAUUACCCUGAUCUCCAAAUCGCCCUGCAGAAGUCCAGAUGGGUUGAGCGGGGAUGGACCUACCAGGAAGCCGUCUUGUCCCGAAGAAAGCUGAUCUUUACACCUUUUGAACUUUGGUUCGAAUGCAACGACACUCGUGAGGCGUAUCAGCGAGAACAUCAGUAUUCGCUGGAUAGGAACAAUAUAACCUUGGGAACCUUGCGGCAAGAACAAUAUCGAAUCGGUGGCCAUGCUGAAAAGAGGACUAUAUUCCUGCAUUUCGCCCGCCACCUUGAAGCAUACACACGCAGGUCUCUCACCCAGCAGUCAGACAUCCUGGAUGCUUUUCAGGGCAUCCUGGCUACGCUCUACAACAGCCGCCUCCACAUUUACGGACUUCCAGAAGCUGAUUUUGGCAAAGCUCUGCUUUGGUACUGCAAGGGCAACCAUAUCACGACUGGAGGUGUCCUUGGCCUUCCGUCGUGGUCAUGGGCUUCGGUCAUUGGGCCUAUCACAGCUGGUGAAUUCUUAGGCGAUUUGUAUCGAGAAACACUCGUCGAGUGGUUUUACAAGGAUCAGAACGGAGAGCUGAUACCCGUCAGAUCAGAGACGUUCAUCCCCUCUGGCCAUCAGUCUCACGCCAACACUCAAGCCCUUCUUCUGGUUGCAUGGUGGAAAGAAUGCAUCGAGCACGAAAUUCCGGAAGACGUGAGAGGAAAACUCGAGAAAGGGUUCCCAGCCUGUGCCAUCUUGAAUGAGCCCCGGCGCCGCCUGAUUGAGAAGGUAUGGGAACAUCUCGAAGAUACGACUGGUGAAUUAUGUGCCGAAUGCAAAUAUGAGAUUGAGAAGCGCUGGCCCUGUUCGGAAGACGUCUGGACGGAUAUAAGAAAGGCGCGGGAUUCUGGGCAUUGGAAGACACAGAACCUCAGGAAUGGUUUCAGAGGUGAAGAUCGGUUAUUGAUCGAGAAGCUACGUCCUGGGGUCUUGUUGACUCGUGCACAGACAGCAUAUUUCAGGGUGUUCAUGGCCGUAGAAUUGGAGCAUGCCGGUUUUCUUCGCAUACAGAUGUGCCUCACAGAUUCAGGAGGCCGGAGGAUCGGGUUGAUUAGACCCAAUUGUGUGGCCAUGACGCUACAAAUGGCCAUGGACAAUACCAUGCCACGGAUCUCACAGGGCGAUGCCAUCGAGUGCAUCGGUGUGUCGCUGGGUGUUAGCUGUCUUUUCGGGUGGCUUAAUCCAACCUUGAUCUCCUGGGACUCGCGACUUGAACUGAGGCAUUCACUUCGCGAACUGGCUAGCGCAAUGAGCGCCAAACCGACAAUGACGGAGAAUAUGAAGUACUCAUCCAACGAGGGGCUCGAUAGUCAGCAGCCAAUGGUGAACGUCCUAAUCAUUCAUCGUCAAGAGGGAUCCCCGUUUGCGCGUCGAAUUGGUGCUGGCUUUGUUUUCUUCAAAGACUGGCUCAAGGCCGAUCAUUAA